GGCAGGAGGAGGAGGCGGGGAAGGCCAGGCCUGACGGGGCUGGGCUGGGAGGGCCUGACUGACAGCCCCGGCGACGAGGCUGGGUCCCUCUUCCUCGGCCCUGGUUCACUUCAGGACGCCCGGGUCGACAACGGAGCCAUCCCAAGCAGCUGUGUUUUUUUUUUUAAAUAAACACUUCAACCUUCCAGGAUGUUUGCGAAAGCAACAAAGAAUUUUGUGAAAGAGGUUGAUUCUGGGGGAGACUUGAUUCCUGUACCAAAUCUGAAUAACUUGGAUAAACUGCAGUUUCUGAGCUUAGUGACAAAGAAGAAGAAAAUGUGGUGCUGGCAGAAGCCAAAGUACCAUAUCUUGUCUGUCACACUGAAUGAUGUGCUUGCUAAAGGCGAACCCAUAGAACCAGUUGUUGCAGAGUCUGACUUUGUGAAAUAUGAAGGGAAGUUUGAAGACUAUGUCACAGGAAGCAUUGACACUUCAUUUGGUAGAAUUAAUCUGGGGGCUGGAGGAAAAGGUAUUGUGAAAAGCCAGUCAUCUUUUGGGAAUCUGAAAAAGCAAGAAGCUGAUUUGCAGAAACUUAUGACGGAUGUCAGAGGAAGAGCAAUAAAUUUACAGCAUACAUUGCUGCAGCAAAUGCUUGAAAGAAAGCAUGAAGUUCUUUGUAUCCUGACAGAAAGAAUAAUAACAACUCAAAAAUGUUUAAUAUCUGAGCAUGUUCAGACAGAGGAAAAAAUAGCCAGCAUGGUGGGGAUCAGUACAAAAAUUAUAAAGGUUUCAGUGAGCGAAAAUGAGAAUAUGAUAAAGGAUUCUAAUGUGAUCUUGGAGAUCCCUGCUCCCACAGCUAUUGCUUAUGGUGUGAUAGAACUGUAUAUAAAACGUGAUGGUCAGUUUGAAUUCUGCCUGCUUCAUGAACACCAGGGUGGUUUUGAAAGAGAGAGCACAGAAGGACCAUCUUAUAGACUUGUAGACUUCAGAGAUACUCUUUACCCACAUCUUCUAGAUGCUGUGGAUAAUGAAAAGCAGUCCGAUAGCCCUAUCCCCAGUGAUGCUUCAGUAAGCAUUUUGAACAAAGAUGUCUUACAUAUAAAGACCAAAUUCCAGCCUUUUGCAAAUCUUUCGGAGGAUAAGCAGGAAGCAUUAUACCGAGUACUCUGUGAACUUCUGCUUCAUGAAGAAGUUGUGAUUCAACUGGAGGAUGUGCUGGACAAUGUGUACUCUGAAGGCAAUACUGAACUUGUAGUCGUGAAGAACAUAAAGCCUCUAGAGGAACCAACUGUAGAGGAGUUCUUACAGCUUAUAGGAAUCGAUUUACCCAAAAAAGAUUUGAUGCAGAAGGUUCCUUCACAUCAGAACAAGGAGCUCCUCUUAGCUGCUCACAUCCUUCUCAGUGCUAUGGCAGAACUCUCAGAUUAUGCACUUGUCCUGCUGCGUGCCUGUUGUGAUCUUCAGGUUCUCCCUACACUGUGCUGCUUGCCCGAUAUGACCUCAAGGGAUGGCACAGUGACACUUAAAGAUCCAAUGAUGGCUCCACUUGCUGACACAGGAAGGUUCUGGCUAGUGCAAAGGCUGUUUGCUUUAUCAAACAUUAACCUCGAAAUGACAGAGUCUUCCAUAAGAGCUGUAACCACGAAGAAACCCAGAUUUCUUCCAAUCAUUCUUUAUAUAGCAUUGUAUGGACUUUGUGCAUUAGCCUGUAAAACCCAUUCUUGAAAGUAGUGGUUUGGGUGGUUUAAUAGCAGAACUGACUGCAUUAUGUAAUACCUGUCUUCAGAACAGAGUGGAAUUGGGCUGAUUUGUAUCUGUGAAACAUCUGCAAAUAGACUAUGCUCUUCUAACAGUACAGUUAAAACAAUGAAAUGGUAGUUAAAACAGAAUGUAUGAAUAAACCUGGGGAGGGGUGCGCUAUGGAAGGACACUUUAUCAGCUGAAGAAGAUUAAUUUUUAGUUUUAUUAUUUAUUUGCUUUAUUAACUAGUAUUUGUACGUACUACAGUGUUGUGAACCUGAACCUGACACUGGAAAUAAGGUGCGGAUUCAGCUAUUACACUUUCUUACCUUGGGGAAAGGAUGAUAGCUCAGUGCCAGAAUACAUGCUUCGAAUGCAAAAUGUUCUAGUGUUGAAUUCCUGGCACCCUUGGGUUGGCUGGGAAAGACUCCAGGCUGAUUUCAUGUAAAGCCUUUUUCUAGCAAUGUCGCUAUUAGUAGCUAUACAUUUCUUAAGUAUUAUGCUGCAAUAAACUGAGCAGUAAUAUCCAAAUAUAGAUAGUAUGUGUUUAUGUAAGUUACAGACAUCUUUAAAACUAACAAAUUCAUUAUAGCUGGAGCUUAUAGUCCACAUCCUUCCUCCAGGUAAAUUGAGUUAUAAACAGCUGAACAGACAUUCAUAAAUUUGUACUGAAAAACAGGUAUUUCUCUCACCCCAUGUAUUGGCUGGCUUGAAUACUAUCAGAAUAUUUUGUUUCUGACCAGAAUUCUAAUGGUGACGUAAGGUCAUGAAGCUGAGGGUUAUGAAAGUGCAUGUCAAAUUGUUCCUGCUGUUUUUGAUGUUGAGAAGGAGGUAUCAAAUACCUUCUUAUGCAUUAUCUCCCUCAACAUUCAGAAGGCCUCUUCCAAGCAUCAGAUUUCACUGUCACACUCUUCUGGAAGGGGAAUGGGUCAUGAGUCAUCAAGCUAGUCCUAACAACUGGGAAAGAAAACUGAUGUCACUCUCCCACCUCC